AGAAUAGCUCCCUCCGAUCUCGGCGAGAGAGAGAGAGAGAAUGGAUCAGAUCUUGAACAAGGUUGGAUCUUACUGGCUAGGGAAGAAGGCUAACAAGCAGCUCGAUUCUGUCGGUGACGAUAUCAACUCUUUGUCUACGAGCAUCGAAGGAGGAACAAAAUGGCUUGUGAACAAAAUCAAAGGGAAAAUGCAGAAGCCAUUACCCGAGUUACUAAAAGAGUAUGGUUUACCUGUUGGGAUCUUUCCACGCGACGCAACAAACUACGAGUUCAAUGAACAGACGAGGAAACUCACCGUCUUUAUCCCAACGAUCUGCGAAGUUGGGUACAAAGACUCAUCGGUCUUGAGGUUCACCACGACGGUUACUGGGUUUUUGGAGAAAGGAAAGCUAGCUGAUGUUGAAGGGAUGAAAACAAAAGUGAUGAUAUGGGUUAAAGUCACAGCUAUCUCUGCUGACUCUUCAAAGAUCCAUUUUACUGCAGGGAUGAAGAAGAGCAGAAGCCGUGAUGCUUAUGAGGUUUUAAGAGAUGGAGUUGAGAUUGAUAAGUUCUAGCUCUCUGUUUCUGUGUCCUACUUCUAUCUUCCUUAUGUUUCCAUCUUUAUGUCUUUGUAUAUGCAAUUAAAUCAACUUUGGUGUUCAUGAAUCUGAUGAAUUGAAUUGGUAUCAGUAUUCAAAUUUGAGUACUGGUGGAAACUGAUGACAAUAUUCAAAGUUACAUAGAACAUACAAUAAUAAGUAAUGGAAACAGAGGAGUUAACACAUGUGGUUCACAAAAG